AGCCGCGGGUGCGCAGCGGGAGCGGAGCGAGCGGCACCGGGCGGUACCGGCACCGCGGGGACACGGUACCGCACCGCGGGGCACGGCAGCGGCACCGCGGGGACACGGGCGGCGGUGACAGGCGAGUUCUUGGAAAGCCACGUUGGAUGCCAGGCUGUCCAAAUGCCAGCCCCCACCCGGCAGCCUGCCCAGCUCCGUGAGUAACCUUCGGUGGGAGCUGCUGUUACUGCGAGUAAGAACCGCGCUCGCCUCGUGCUGCUGGGGGAGAAAUUCUGCUGGGGAGGAGGAGGAGGAGGGCGGCAGUGACACUCGAGCCUGCUGGAAUCGCUGGCUGUUCUGGCGGGAAGCCCGCAGGAGCCUUCAGCCUGGAGUUCUGCAGAGGGACGGUGCCGCUGGAGGAAGUGGCAAAGCCCUGGCAGCGAGAAGAGCCUGAGUGGGAUCAUGUCUAAAAGCCAGUGCUCUCCUUCAGUGUUCCUUUAAGCUUCUGCGUCCUUCAGUUCAUCUGGUUUUCCCUCACUUCAUCUGGUUUUCCCUGUGCCCCAUCCCAUCUGCUGGAAGAAACCUGGGAGAAGAUGCGCUAAGACAUCUCGGGAGGAGAGCUGGGAUCCUGCCUGGGCGGCUGCCGCAGCACACGGCGCUGGAGGGGAGCAGAGCCAGAGGGAAUCGCUGCCCUGCCCAGCUCCUGCCGUGUCCCUGUCCCCGGGCGCUGCUGGAUGGGGAUCUCUGCUGCAGGAGCAGGCUCCGCACUCCCGGGCGGGCGAGCAGGGCUGGCACAGCUCACCCCUAGAUGCUGGGAAGGCCGUGUGGAUAAGCUGCUGGCAGAAGAUCCCUCCUGGAGCAGCUGCUGGCUGUAGGCCCACCGAGCCAAGGGUCAGAGGAGCGUGUCCUGCAGCAUGACUUCCACGCUGGAGCACAAGGAGAACCCCCAGGCCAACGGGGCCGUGGUGCCCGGGGACUGCCUGGCCAGCCCGGGCUGCGGGCAGCCCGCGGAUUUCCUGCGGCCCGAUGGCACCGGGGUGGAAGUGGUGGUGCUGGAGUCCCGUGCCAACGCCAAGGGGGUGAGGGAGGAGGAUGCCCUGCUGGAAAACGGCAGCCAGAGCAACGAGAGCGAUGACACCAGCACGGACCGGGGGCCCGAGCCCCCCUCGCCCCUCAAGGAGACCUCGUUUUCCAUCGGGCUGCAGGUGCUGUUCCCCUUCCUGCUGGCAGGCUUUGGCACGGUCGCUGCUGGCAUGGUGCUGGACAUCGUGCAGCACUGGGAUGUCUUCAAACACGUCACUGAGGUGUUCAUCUUGGUUCCUGCUCUGCUGGGGCUGAAGGGGAACCUGGAGAUGACCCUGGCAUCCCGCCUGUCCACAGCUGCUAAUAUUGGCCAAAUGGAUACACCCAAAGAGCUCUGGAAGAUGAUUACAGGGAACAUGGCUCUGAUACAGGUCCAGGCCACCGUGGUUGGCUUCCUGGCCUCGAUUGCAGCCGUGGUGUUUGGGUGGAUCCCAGAUGGGCACUUCAGCAUGGACCACGCUGUGCUGCUGUGUGCCAGCAGCGUGGCCACUGCCUUCAUUGCCUCCCUGGUCCUGGGCAUGAUUAUGAUUGGGGUGAUCAUUGGCUCCAGGAAGAUGGGAAUCAAUCCUGACAACGUGGCCACGCCGAUCGCUGCCAGCCUGGGGGACCUCAUCACCCUGGCUCUGCUCUCAGGGAUCAGCUGGGGCUUGUACAAGGAGCUGGAGAGCAGAGCCUACAUGAACCCCUUGGUGUGCGCCUUCUUCCUGUCCCUGCUGCCCAUCUGGAUCAUCAUUGCCAGGAAGAAUUCUGCCACGAGGGAGGUGCUCUACUCGGGCUGGGAGCCUGUCAUCAUCGCCAUGGCCAUCAGCAGCGUCGGGGGGCUGAUUUUGGACAGGACGGUGUCGGACCCCAACUUUGCUGGGAUGGCAGUUUUCACCCCAGUCAUCAAUGGUGUGGGUGGCAACCUGGUGGCCGUGCAGGCCAGCCGCAUCUCCACCUACCUGCACAUGAGCGGGGAGCCCGGAGACAGCCCUGGGACAGCCCCUCGGAAGUGCCCCAGCCCCUGCAGCACCUUCUGCGGCUCAGACGUGAACUCCCGCUCUGCCCGCGUGCUCUUCCUCCUGGUGGUGCCCGGGCACUUGGUGUUCCUCUACACCAUCCACUCCAUGCAGGGGGGACACACCACGCUCACCCUCAUCUUCAUCGUGUUCUACAUGACAGCAGCGCUGCUCCAGGUGCUGAUCCUGCUCUACAUCGCUGACUGGAUGGUGCACUGGAUGUGGGGCAGGCACCUGGACCCCGACAACUUCUCCAUCCCGUACCUGACAGCCCUGGGGGACCUGAUUGGGACAGGGCUGCUGGCCCUCAGCUUCCACGUGCUCUGGCUCAUCGGUGACCGGGACUCUGAUGUUGGGGAUUAAAUCUCCCUGCUCCUCCCUUCCCACAGCUCUCCUCCUUCCAUUUGUUGUUUCUUUGCUUCCCCCUCCUGCCACCGCCCUGGAAGAUUUCACCUUUGAUACUGGAUUCUCAUUAUUUUCAAUGGGAAUUUUACCUGGUUUAUAUUUCAAGCCGAGUUUGUACAGAAGAAUCUACCUAGUUUUGGGAAGGACAAACAAACAAACAAAAAGUGUAACGAGACAAUCACUAAGUGCAAUUUUCGUAGCAGUUAUGUCUGAACCAAGGUUCCAGAGAAGUUCCUGCCCGGUCAGAUCCUGCAGGGAGCCCCCCCUGCCCCUCCCUCGAGGUUGAAGUGCUGCUUUUUUCGCUUCAUAAGCGUUUUAAACCCUGCGGGUGGAGCUCGGGUGUGUUCAGCUGAGCUGGCACCUUCCAGCCAAGCACAGCCCGUGGCUCAGGGCACGGGGUGCCCCUGCCUUGGCUCUCUGAAGCUCCAGCCUGGGCCCACACCCAAAAACGGGGCGUGUCUGUGAGGGGGAUGAGGAGGAUGGUGAGGAAGGCUCCUGUGUUCACCCCAGGAAUGCGAGUGAGCUCAUCUGGGACCCCCAGCCCCUGGCUGGGCUCUGCUGGCACCUCAGGCUCCCUUUUGCCACCCACCCCAGGCUGCAGCACGCUGCUCCUGCCUUGGUGAGCCCAGCUCAGCUGCUCUGAGCCUCACCCAGAGGGGCUGGGAGCUCUCCCCACCCAUCACCAUCAUCAUCAUCAUCACCAUCUCCAUCCCACUGCCAGAGAUCUCUGCAGGCCCUGCUGGAGCCCUCCUGGUGCUGCUCCAUUUCCCUGGCUCUCCUCAGUGCAGCUGACGUUCCCAGAGGGGUGGAUGGACAAACAUCCCCUGGGUUUUGUGCCCAGCUUUCCUUUUGGCUGCUGAGGGCCCCUUGCAGGCAGGAAAAGCCACCCAGCAGCUGCCCCAGCUGAGCCUGGGGUGCUCCCAGCUGGGCAGGAGCAUUUUGCUCCUGGUGUCUGUUAGGGAAGGACGUCCUUGGGAUUUCUCUGCCAGCUGGAAAGCGGCUGGAAAUGCAGAAUCACAGGAGCCCUGGCUCUUGGAGCAGGAACAGGAACCUCCUGCCCUUGUGUAAAAUCUGGGACUGGGGCUCAGCCCAGCUGGGAGGCCCUGGCUGAGCCCUGGGAGUGCAGGGUUCCUCCUCUGCUGCUUCCCCUCCUGCUUUUUGUGCUCUUCACCUCAGGGAAUUCCUGCUCUUCCCCUUAGGCCAUGCUGGGAGGGCAGCAAAACCAGAGGGGCAAACCAAGACCAAAGUUAGUCCAGGCUCGUUGUGCCAGGCCAGGAUCUGGGAGCAGAGCUGGGCCUGGCUGCAGAUGAUGCUGUUGGGAAGGAGGGUCAGGAUGGAAUUCUGGAAAUCCAAGGAGCACAUGGAGCCAAGCCAGGGCUCCUGGCUGCUCCUGCCCUCUCUGGAGCUCUGCAAACCCUUCCCUGCUGCUGGAGGUGGGCAGGAGGCAGGGCUGGCUGCUCCCCAGAAGAGCAGGUGUUGUAUUUUUGAGGUGAUUUUCCCCUUUUUCCCCUUGCUAAUCCAGCAUCAGGCUCAGUCCCCCUCCUCCUGUGUCCGUGUCCCGUGUGGGAGCAGCUCUGAUCCUCCUCUGUCCCCUCUGGUGACAUUUCUCAGCUCUCCUUUGGCCAAAGCUGUGCUCAAAGGAAAAAACCCAACCACAAAACAAAGCCUGUCCCUGCUGUGCUGAGCUCUCAGCCCAGGGAAUCCUGGAUGUUUUCUGGAAUAUUUUCUGGAAUAUUCUCAGCUGCUCACCUGAUUUCUCUGCCUGAUGCUGAGGAUUAAAUGCAAGAUUUCCUUCCAUUAACACUACAGCUUUUAUGGAUAUAAAGAGAAGCUCUGCUGGCCUUUCUGGUGUCACAUCACCACUUAAUCCCCCAGGAAAAGAUUCCCUAGGGGAGGAAUCUGCCCCUCAUGGCUGGGGGUUGUGGGGCUGGGGGCGUCUGUACAUUAAAUAUGGUCAGAGGUGUGCUUGGGGAAUGGUCAGGGAAGAAUUUAAUUUAAAAGUGAGGAGUAUUGAUGGAAAAAAACCAGAAACAAGCCUCUUCCCACUGGUUGCACUCCAAUGCAUGCCUACUCUACAGCUGCCUGCAGAUGAAAAUCCUGGUUUACUCUUUUAUCAAAGGAAAAAGACUGUCUUAAUUAUUUAUAGUUCCUAUAACUGACAGAUGUCGACCUAAUGGAUAAAUUAUAUUUGGUUAAAUAAAGAUGACAUUUAUUUA